AUGACUGACAAAAUGGAGAGACAUACUUUCAAAGUCUUCAAUCAAGAUUUCAGUGUAGAUAAGAGGUUUCAACUCAUCAAAGAAAUUGGACAUGGGGCAUAUGGUAUAGUGUGCUCAGCACGGUUUGCAGAAGCUGCCGAGGAUACUACAGUGGCUAUCAAAAAGGUGACAAAUGUGUUUUCGAAAACGUUACUCUGUAAAAGGUCACUACGAGAAUUAAAACUUUUGAGGCAUUUUAGAGGCCACAAAAAUAUAACUUGUCUUUAUGAUAUGGAUAUUGUUUUUUAUCCGGAUGGGUCUAUCAAUGGCCUAUAUCUUUAUGAAGAGCUUAUGGAAUGUGACAUGCAUCAAAUUAUCAAAUCUGGUCAACCUUUGACGGAUGCUCACUAUCAAAGUUUCACAUACCAAAUAUUAUGUGGGCUCAAGUAUAUUCAUUCCGCAGAUGUCUUGCAUCGUGACUUGAAGCCCGGCAACUUACUUGUUAAUGCCGAUUGUCAGUUAAAAAUCUGUGAUUUUGGGUUAGCAAGAGGUUAUUCUGAAAAUCCAGUAGAAAACAGUCAAUUUUUGACGGAGUACGUGGCCACGAGAUGGUAUAGAGCUCCAGAAAUCAUGUUAAGUUAUCAGGGCUAUACUAAGGCAAUCGACGUAUGGUCAGCCGGCUGUAUUUUAGCGGAGUUUCUCGGCGGGAAGCCAGUAUUCAAGGGGAAGGACUACGUUAAUCAACUGAAUCAAAUAUUACAGGUUUUGGGAACACCUCCAGAUGAAACUUUAAAAAGAAUUGGCUCUAAGAAUGUUCAAGAUUACAUCCAUCAGCUAGGUUUCAUUCCAAAAGUACCUUUCGUUAAUUUAUACCCGAAUGCCAACUCACAAGCGCUAGACUUGUUAGAGAAAAUGCUCGCGUUUGACCCUCAAAGGAGAAUCACCGUCGAUGAAGCUCUGGAGCACCCUUAUUUGUCUAUAUGGCAUGAUCCAGCAGACGAACCAGUUUGUAGUGAAAAAUUUGAAUUUAGUUUUGAAUCCGUUAACGACAUGGAGGAUUUGAAACAAAUGGUUAUACAAGAAGUGCAAGACUUUAGACGAUUUGUAAGACAACCACUAUUAGAAGAACAAAAGCAACAGCGGUUGCAGCAGCAACAGCAACAGCAGCAGCAGCAGCAGCCUAUUUCAAAUGCAGAUAAUGGAAAACAUGGGAUGGGUGAAGAAAACUAUUCAAAACAAAUGGCCGCGCCUUCUAACCCUGUCGCGCCACAACAAGAAUCGUUUGGUAUCCACUCUCAAAAUUUGCCCAGGCAUGAUACAGAUUUCCCUCCCCGACCCCAGGAAAGUCUGAUGGAAAUGAGACCUGCUCCUGGGACUACAACUGAUAUUCCCCCUCAGGAUGAUAAUGACACGCUUCUAGAUCUUGAAAGAGAACUGGAGUUUGGCUUAGAUAGAAAGUAUUUCUAG